GACAUUUGUUAUCUUCUACUCUUCGACCUCAAAAUUUCUUUUCCUGAACUGAACAAAAUUCGCCGAAAACAAUCGAUGAAAUGAUUGUUUUUCGCGAAUUCAAUCCAUAAACUGUAUAAACACUCUAAGUUAGAUUGCUAUGGCGUCGUCAAUUGUAUCUUCGAGCUCAGCUACUAAUACUAUACAUUCAUUCUACAGAAAUCCGAUUUCACAAAACCUAAUUUUAUCCUCAUUUUACAUAUCUUUCCCGCUUCACAGAACUAGAUUGCACGCCGUGAAGACCAGAGCGGAUGGCGGCGGCGACUUGUUGAGGAAGCCGUUGGCGCCGGAGUAUUCGGAUGAUGAUGGGAGUGAGAACAAGGGCGGAGAUGGUGACACGUGGGUGGAUUGGGAGGACCAGAUUUUGGAGGACACUGUGCCCCUUGUUGGAUUUGUUAGAAUGAUUCUUCACUCUGGAAAGUAUGAAUGUGGUGAUAGGUUGAGCCCCGAACACGAGAGAACUAUUCUAGAGAGGGUCCUUCCUUAUCAUCCAGCAUAUGAAGACAAGAUAGGAUCUGGAGUUGAUUACAUUACGAUUGGGUACCAUCCUACUUUUGGAACCUCAAGAUGUUUAUUCAUAGUUCGUAAGGAUGGAGAAUUGGUCGACUUCUCAUACUGGAAAUGCAUAAAGGGUUUGAUAAGGAAAAACUACCCUUUAUAUGCAGACAGCUUCAUUCUUAGACAUUUUAGGAAGAGUAGACGCAACGACUGAAGGUAACUCGUUUUUAAAGAAAAAAAACAGGCUCUCAUACUGAUACCCAUAUAUGGCUUAGUGUAUUACCUCUUUUUCCUCAACCAUAUCAUAUUACUGAGAAUGAGGAUUGGUAUAUAUAUUAUGCUGGAAAAUAGUUGGAAACUAUCAUUCUGAAUAUAGCCGUGUUGGAUUAUGAAUGCUUAAAUGGAAAUAGUAGCUCUGUCUUAUGAUUA